AUGAAGGCAGCAGCAAACAACACCAGGCAGCUGCUGCUGUGUCUGCCUAUGAGGCGGAACUCGCUGCGGCCUUGCAUACCGGCGAGAACGCUGCAGCAGCAGCGCUGGACGCUGCUGCAGCCGCGGCAGCAGCAGCAGCAGCAGCGGCUGCAGCAGCUACGGGUGCAGCAGCAGCAGCAGGAGGGUGAUCAACCUGGCAGAUCCACUCCUUCCGGCUGCAGCACGAGAAGCAGCAGCUGCAGUUCCUGCGGAGCUUUUGCUGCCGAUCUGCCGCCUGCGUUGCUGCCUCGAGCCCGCCUCCAGGGCUUCACAUGUGGCAUGGCGUCUGCAGCAGUCGCUGCUGCUGGGGUAGCCCAGCAGCAGCAGCAGCAGCAGCAGAGAACCAAGCAGCAGAGGCUGGUGCUGCACAAGCAGAUACAGCAGCUGAGGCAGCUGCAGCACGAGCGGCGUCUGCAGCAACGGGCUGCAGGCGAUGGCCUCUUUUGCAGUGGCUGGGCUCUCAAUGAAUGGUGCUGCUGCUUCACGACAUCUGCUGCUGCGUCUUUUGCUGCUGCAGCGACACCUGCAGCAGCAACAGCAGCAGGAAAUGGCUCUACUCUUGCCGCCCCUGCUGCUUUACGUGAAAGCUUCAAAGCCGCAGGAGAGGCUUCGAGGGGAGUCGAGCUGUCUCGAUACGCACAGCAGCAGCAGCUGCUGCUGCAGCUGCUGCAGCCGCAGCUGCCGCCCCGGGAGGCGCGCUCAGCCGUCACAGCGUUGAUGCAGCUUGCCACGACGCAGACUCGGCAGCAGCAGCAGCAGCAGCGCGCCUUCAGACCCGCGGGGCUGCCUCUAGGCGUGGGGCUGCUGCUGCCAGCAGUAAUUCUGAAGCUUCUAAGGGAAGCUGUGGGGCGUGGCCUGCCUCCAGGUGUAUGUACACCUCAGCAGCAGCAGCUCGGGCCCAGCCUGCGUCACUGCGUAGAGCUGCUGCGCGCGUUUGCUUUGCUACUUCCCGCGCUUCGAGAGCUUCUGGCCAGGGCCGCUGCAACAGCAGCAGCAGCAGCAGCGGGCACAGCAGCAGCAGCAGCAGCGGACGCAGCAGCUACUGCGGCGCAUGCGCAGUGUCACUUUCCACACCUGCUGAGACUCCAUGUGGCGGACGCUGCAGCAGCAGCUGCUGCUCCUGCAGUGGGAGUCAGCAGCUCUCCCCGAGCAGCCGCAGCAGCAGCAGCAGCACAACCGGCGCUGCAGUCCACUGCGUACGAAGGGGCACGGGGUGUUGCUGCGUUCCUUAACAGCAGCGAGUGCAGAGAGCUGCUGCAGCAGCUGCUGCAGCUUCCUGCAUUCAGAGCUGCUGCGGCAGUAGUGGCUAGGGCUGCCGUGGAGGCUGAAGACAGCGGCAGCAUCUCCAGCAGCCCCAGGUGCAGCAGCAGCAGCAGCAGCCAAAUAGGCGGCGGCGCUUACGGCGAGGUCUUGCUGGUGCGAAAAGGGCUGCAUGCGUAUGUCUUUGCCCCUGUGGAGGCAGCAGCAGCUUUGCUGCUGCAGCAGCAGCCCCGCGAAGAGCUCCUCGAAGCCCUAGGGGCUGCAUGCAGCUGCAGGCUAUUGGCAGCACUUGUGCGAUUUUUGCAAGCUUCGAGCGAGAUGCAGCAGCAGCAGCAGCAGCAGCAAGACUCUAACAGCCACUUGUGGCUGAGUCCCUUCGGCCAGCGCUGCUGGGGAGAAGUCAUUCGGCUUGCGCGGUGUACAGCGAGCAGCAGCAGCAGCAGAAGCAACAGCAGCAAGAGCAGCAAAAUCGAGCGCCACGCCGCUGCAAGCAGCUCUGCUGCUGCAGCAACAGCUGCUGCAGCAGCUGCUGUUCGUGGUAGCCUGCCCGGGCUGGAAACAGCUUUGCCUGAGGCGCAGACGUUGCUGCUGCUGCUGCUGCGCUGCUUCGCCUCCAGAAUCGACGCAGCAGCAGCAGCAGCAGCAAAAGGUGCAGCUUCAGCAACGCCCCACCAGUGGUGCCCCAGUAGUACUGCUCUGCUGAGCUGGAGAGACAUAGCAGAUGCAGCAAAAGAUGCAGUGCGGCUGCAAGUGCUUUUUGCGACAGAAGGAGUUCCUGGGGGGGCGCCAGCUGCUGCUGCUGCUGCUGCGCGCAGCAGCAGCAGCUUCAACAGGGCCCUCGCUGCAGCAGCCCAGCAGCUGCUGCUUGCUGCUGUCUCUGCCUGUGAACCGCAGCUGCCCCACAUCCCUCCUGCGGAUUUGGCUGCGCUGCUGUGGGCUGCUGCAACUGCAGCGCCCCAGGUGUACAGACAGCAGGGGCAGCAGCUGCUGCAGCAGCAGCUACUUCGAGUGUUUAGAACUGCAACGGACGUGCUGCUGUUGCCGCAGCAGAAUGCACGCGCCCUGAUGCAGCUGCUGUGCAAGGAACAACAGCAGCAGCAAGGGCAGCAAGGGAUGCAGCAGCGGCAGCUGCAGCAGCAGCUGCAGCAGCCGCUGCAGCAGCCGCUGCAGCAGGGGAAGCCCGCGGUGCUGCUGCAGUUCUCUCCGCAGCUGCAGCAGGCCACGCCGGUGGACAAGUGUCUCCUUAUUUGGAGCUUCCUGGCGUGGAGCAGGGCAGCAGCUGGGAGCACUGCUGCUGCUGCUGCUGCUGCGGUAGGGCCCAUGGAGUGGCUGCUGCUGACUGCAGCCUUCAGGCAGCUGCUGCGGCACCAGCAGCUGCUGCUGCAGAGCAGCGGGGCCAUGGCACUUCACGCUUUGGCCGUGCAUGCCGACUCUUUGACGCGCCCAGCCGACACACCCCCAGCUGCUGCUGCAGCAGCAGCUGCAGCUGCAGCGGCUGCAGCAGCUGCACUUGCGCAGCUUGAAGAAAACGGGGGCUUUGGCGGAGAAGUCAGCAACUCAAGAGCGGCUGGCGGCACAGCAGCGGCAACAGCAGCGGGGCCUGCUGCUGCAGGUGCUGCAGCAGCAGCUUUAUCGACAAUUUUCACUUCAUUUGGCGCUGGAGGAGCUGCUGCUGUAGGUCCUGGUACAGACAGGGCUGCUGCUGCUGUGUGGCUUCUGAAGGCCGUGCGGCAGUACUGCGGGCUGCUGCUGAGGGACUGCUGCUGGGCAGCAGCAGCAGGAAGACUUCAGGCUGUCCGCUGCAGACGAGUCCUUUCUUCGCUGCUGCACUCUGCUGCUCUUUUGGCCCGGGCAGCAGCAGCACCAAAAGCUCCGGCCACUUUGGGGGGCCCCAGGCCUUCGGACAGGGGCCUGGGGCGCGAAGGCUUUUCGCUGCUGUGUCAGCUGCAGCGCCAGUUGUACGCUGCCGUCCGGCAGCAGCAGCAGCAGCAGCAGCAGCAGGGGCGAGAGGGACAACUGCAGCGGGACUGCUCCCGUCUUUUCACUCCACACAGCGUCAGCCAGAUCGUGUGGGCCAUGGCUGCAAGCGGAGUCUUCCACGUGCUGCUGCUGCAGCAGCUGCUGCUAGAGGUGCAACAGCAGCUAAGGCUGCUUUCAGGGAAACACAUGACAGCGCUACUGUGCAGCGCCUUCGACCUGGGCGCACUGCUUUCCUUUCCUCGACAGCAGCAGCAGCAGCAGCCGCUGCUGGUGCUGCAGCCGCGAGCUCGCAGGCAGCUGCAUCGAGCUUUUUUGAAGGAGCUGGCCCGGCGGGUUCUGCUGCAGCAGCAAACUGCAGGCGUACGGGGAGCUGCAGUGCAGCAUGGCAGAGAGGGCGUCAAGGGCGUGCCGAGUAGUUGCCAGCAGCAGCAGCAGCAGCAACUCGGCGAGAACCCCUUGGAGCUCACGCCGUUUCAGCUGGCUUGCUGUUUACGGGCAUGCGGGGCUGCUGCUCUACAAUGUGCUGCUGCUGCGCUGCAGAAAAGUGCUGCAGUGCUGCUUGAGGAGCAGCAGGAGGAUGCGAUUCUUGCACUUGAGAGCCUCGAGGCUGUAGAGCGUCUCCUUCGUUCUGUCGACUUCGCUCCCCUCGUACUGCAGCGCGAGCUGCAAUGCCAGCAGCAGCAGCAGCAGCAGCAGCAGCAGCAGCGAAGGGUGGCUGGCGCGCCUUUGCGCAUCCUCUACCAGGCUGCGCUGGCAGUGGCAGUGCUUCGGCAGUGGUGCCCCUGGCUAAGGCGGCUUCUGGAGCUUGGAGAGGCCCCAGAUGCAGCAGCAGCGGCAACGUCUGCUGCUGCUGCUGCUGCUGCUGCUGCUGCUGGGAAUGUGACUGUGCCGGCGGGCGUCUGGGCAGCAGCGCGGGCAGCCUUCGCAGAAGUCUCCUCCUCAACGACGGAGUCUGUGACGCAGUACCACGUGGCGAUGCUGCUACGGCAGCAAGGCGUUGCAUUUGCUGCGGAGUCGCGGACCCCCGAAGGCUUCUCCGUGGACUUCCGCAUACUACGGCUGCCGCCAGUGCAGCAGCAGCAUCAGCGGCAGCGACAGCAGCAGCAGCAGCAGCAGCAGCAGCUACUGCGUGAACACGGGCCUCAUCCGCAACAGGACCUACGACUGGUGCUGGAGGUGGAUGGGCCUUCCCAUUUUUCUGUAGAUUGCAGCAGAGAAAAGCCCUGCAGGGUCUUGUGCGGCUCCUCUGCCUUCAAGGAAACUCUGCUGCGCCUUUUAGGCUGGCGCGUCGUGCGGCUGGACGCAGCAGCAGCAGCUGCAGCAGCAGCAGCAGCGAGCUGCAGCACAGCAGCGCAGCAACUGCUGCACAGGCUCCACCAAGAGGCCACUGGAUCUCUCCGGAGGAGCUACACAAGCACCUGCGAGGCCAGCAGCAACUGCGAGCGCAGCGCGCGCAGGCCCAGCAGCAGCAGCGGCAGCAAAAGCAGCAGCAGCACCAGCACAGCAGCUCGUGCGGGCAGCUGGCAGCAACAGCGGGCCGACAGAAACUGUGGGUGA